AUGCGCAUAGUUGAGUUAUUGGUUGUCGAAGAAGCUGGAGCUGUUGGUUUGAAGAUGAGAGUGUAUGGUCGGGAAAUGUGCUUUGUCAACUGUCACUUUGCUGCUCAUUUAGAGGCUGUUGGACGCCGCAAUGCUGAUUUUGAUCAUGUGUAUCGAACAAUGAUCUUCAAUCGGCCGUUUUUCAGUGCUGCCGCUGCUGGUGUCUCAUCCACCAUUCAAAUGCUUCGCUGUGCAAAUGCUAUGGGUAUCCACUCUGUGGAAGGAAUGCCGGAGCUAUCUGAGGCGGACCUGGUUGUAUUUUUCGGUGACUUCAACUAUCGGCUGGAUGAUAUAUCUUAUGACGAAGCAAGGGAUUUCAUUUCCCAAAGGUGCUUUGAUUGGCUGAGAGAGAGGGAUCAGCUGCUUGCAGAAAUGAAAGCUGGGAAUGUCUUCCAAGGGAUGCGUGAAGCAGUUAUCAGAUUUCCUCCCACAUACAAAUUUGAAAGGCAUCAAGUUGGUUUGGCAGGGUAUGAUUCUAGUGAAAAGAAGCGCAUCCCUGCUUGGUGUGACAGAAUUUUAUACCGUGAUAGCCGUACAGCUACUAUAUCUUCGUGCAGUUUAGAGUGUCCUGUAGUUUCCUUAAUUUCACAGUAUGAAGCUUGCAUGGAUGUGACAGACAGUGAUCACAAGCCCGUCCGUUGCAUAUUCUGUAUGGAGAUCGCUCGAGUAGAUGAGUCCGUGAGGAGACAGGAGUUUGGAGAAAUUAUUGGAUCUAAUGAGAAAAUCAUGCUCAUACUUGAGGAACUUUUCAAGGUUCCUGAAGCUGUUGUUAGUACGAACAACAUAAUUCUCCAGAACCAGGAUACAUCCAUUUUGCGGAUUACAAAUAAAUGCGGGAAAGACAAAGCUCUAUUUGACAUAAUUUGCGAAAGCGAGUCCACUGUUAAGGAAAAUGGACAAGCAUCCGAUCAUCGUGCAAGAGGUUGUUUUGGCUUUCCUCGAUGGCUUGAGGUCAAUCCAGCUUCUGGCGUAAUCGAACCAGGUAAUAUUGUGGAGAUUUCAGUUCACCAUGAGGAAUUCCAAACAUUGGAGGAGUUUGUUGAUGGCAUCCCGCAAAACUGGUGGUGUGAAGAUGCUAGAGACAAGGAAGUAAUAUUGGUGGUUAGGGUUCGUGGAAGCUGCACGACGGAGUCAAAAAGUCAUCGUAUCCGUGUGCGCCACAGUUUCUCAGCCAAGUCUAUGCCUAUGGAGCGUAAAUCAAACAAGUCAAGCAGUGUCCAGGCAAAUGUCCUUCACAGGUCUGAUUUUCAGCGACUCAGCUGUUCCACUGAUAUGGUUGACCAACUACGAAAUCUGCAUAGUCCUUGAACCAGUGAAGAUGUUGUCAGGAUGGAAGAUCUGCUGAUUGAUAUGGAGGCAAGGACUUCAUUGUCUUUUUGGCAAACAUUAGGGAUCACCCUGAUCACCAGCAUCUUGUAUAUAAAAUAUCCAGAUCCUGAAUACCAUUCUUCACCAUCCUCAGAUAAAUUGGGUUCUCUUUGCGAUUUUUGUAAACACCCAGAGCCAAUUCUUUGGACCUCUUUAGUUUCUUUCUGAAUCCAAUAUGUUAAUUUUUAUGGAUUCCAAUAGCCCAGUUGUAAGUGUAUAGAAAAAUUGAAUGCCUCAAGGAGUAAUGAAGCUGGUGCAGGGCUUCCCUAUUGAUCUCAGUUUUCAGAUGGGGAGUUCAAUUAGCUGAGGAAGAACUGGAUUUGGUAUGUUUUCCGUUUUACUUUUUUGAGUUUGUUGUACACUAGAAGUUGAUGAAAAAGCUGAAAGGGUUGAGGGUUUUUAGUUUUCUCUAGCCUUGCCAUUUUGUUUAAGUAAAUUUUUAUUGUAAAAUUGGGUAUAUUGACUUUCUUCAAUAAAGUCCAUUAGCAAUACGGAAAUUGUCUGUGUAAAUUUU